AUGACAAUCACUGUAGUGUAUGAUAACUCUGAAGCUAUGGAGCUCUGUGCUUCUCAGCAUCUGUAUCUUAAACCAGUAGCAAAACUGACUAUCAAUGUGGUGUUUCCAGAACACACAGAAUCUACCCGAUCUUUCUCUAAGUGGGAAGUGAUGGACAAGCUGAAGAACAUGAUUUGUCCAGACCAAUUUACUACUGUUAGGGUUUCAAAGAGCACUAAGGAUUUCAUUCGAUUUGAGGGAGAGGCAGAAACUAAAAGGUUGAUCCUCACACUUAAGGAAAAACUGCAUGGAAAGGUAAUAAAACUGAAUGGUUUUAAAGAUGACUUGAAGGUGAUGGCCACCGAGGCACAAGCUGACUUUCCAACUCCACAAGAGUGGGCAUCUUACCUGAAUAAAAGAGAGAUUACGAAUGAAGAUCUUACUGAGCAAACCGCUGAUAUUCCUGAUUGCAUCUAUUUUGAAGGUUUGCCAUGUAAAUGGUUUGCACUAAAGGGCUCAAAUAAUGAAAAGCCGAGUGAAGAUGUUUUAAGAGUGGUGUUCGAAAGCUUUGGAAAGAUCAAGAACAUAGAUAUCCCUAUGCUUGAUCCUUAUAGAGAAGAAAUGGUGGGAGGAAAUUUAAAUAACUUCCUUUUUGGAGGUCUACAGACAUUUGAAGCUUUUGUCCAGUACCAAGAGUACACGGCUUUUGUGAAAGCUAUGGAGUCACUUAGGGGAAUGAAGCUGAUGUUUAAAGGGGAUGAUGGAAAAGCUCUGGCAUGUAACAUGAAGGUGACUUUUGAUACAACCAAACAUUUCAGCAAAGGAGCUAUCAAAAAGAGAAGGCUGGAAAGACAAAAGCUGCAAGAGCUAGAGCAAGAAAGAAAAAGGGAAAAAAAGCGAGAGGAAGAGGAGGCUGCAAGAAAAAGACGUGAUGAUGAAAAAAUUGCUCGAGAAAGAAAAAGGAAGGCUAAGCUCAAGAGGAGAGAACACAGGCAGAUAGAUCGGGAUGAGAAACGCCCAAGAAAGCAGCAGAAGGUAACAGCUGAAGAAGAGCAGUGGCCAGAGAAUAUGCCUGAAUGGGAAGAGAGGAAAUAUCUACUAGCUCAGAGAAGAGUGGAGUCUAUAAGGCUGCUUACAGUGCUGUUAAGCCGAGUAAAAGAUUUUGCACAGUUGACCAGCCAAAAAGUGGAGUCCUUGCUGUACCCUGAAGAGAUAAGAAAGGAUUGCUUUCCUGAGACGGAGUUCCAAAAUGCACAGACAGAGCAGAGAGAAUCCCGUUAUCUUCUACACAAAGAACUGAAGGAUAAGAAAAAAUUUAGCAGUCAGUUCUUCCAAACGGGUAAUACCUCUUUUAGUGAGGAAGAGGUGCCAAGUAGUCUACCUGCCUCACCUUGUCAUCUUGUGAGAACGAUCUUAAAUGAUGCAACUGCAGCAGCAAGCACUGGUAAAUUAACUGGCAGGGAUGAGUACAGCUCCCCUGGCUGUGGGUCUUUACAGAUUACAGUUACUCAAGACUGCAAGGUUAUAGAAUCCCUUGAGAGAGAAGACUGUCCUCCUUUGAAGACAGUACACUCUGGAAAAGUGUCUGGUACAGGGUACUGCAAAAAGCAAAAGAUUUAUGAAACUGACGAGUUUAUACAUUAUUUAUUAAACUAUUAUCAAACUCCAAGCUACGCACGUGUCUGCCUAGAGCCAGAAAGCACCGUUAGCAAUUCUUGGUGGCAGAGGAUAGUGUCUGAUAAUGGGAAUGGCUUUCAGAUCAACUUGAAGAACAAAUAUGGGCAACGCUUUACAGAAGUGAGUUUUGUACAAAACCCCGACAAGGGAAAUUGUAGCGGGGAUGAUAAUUAUAGAUGGGAGAUCACGAUUCGGAAAUCUGAGCCUACAGAGAGUGUGUCAAAAAACAACGCCUAUGCUGGAGGGUUUACAACAAAGUUCCAAGUACAGUGGAAUGACUCACUUGAUAUUGCUAAUUUACCAUAUGCUGAAUUUAAUAAUUCUUCUUUUGGACGCACUAAUACUAGUCACGAUAAAAAAUCCAAAGACGACAAUAACAGAAGAGAAGUUGCCCCACCAUACACACCCUCAGGCUCUGCAUACAAAUUCAGGGAUUUAAUGGAAGAGAUCAGUAGUGAUUCUGAGUAUUUUAGUGAGGCCAAGAGAACAGAAAGAAGAUAUAAAGAUGUUUACAGUGAUGACAAUAAAGCGUGGUCCCUCCCAAGAGAGAUGGAGAGAAAAUUCCUUGUCUGUGUUAAAAACGUAGGUCAAAAUUAUCCAGAAAAUGAAUCCAGCAAAUGUAGCUUCUGUUCAAAUUCUGCCCCUGGUGGCUUGACAAAGCAGUGUAGACAUAAGCUUAAAAAAUCAUACAAGAGGUGCAGUAGUAAAUUGAGUCACGAAGGGCGAAAAAGUGAGUGGAAAUCCAAUGAAGAGGCGAUAAAUACCCCCAAAAAGAAGAAAAAGAGAAAAAAGCCCUCCCCUGACAUUUUACCUGAUGAACAUGGCUUCUCUGAAAUGGAGAGUUGGAGACAGUUGGAAUCUCUAAAAAAGAUACAGAGAAAAUGUAGCAAAAUGUUCCACCAUAAGAUGAAAUUCAAAACCCUUCAUGUGAUGGCAGCAGCAUCAAAAGAUGCCAUCCAUGCUGAUGCCUCUCUGCUUCAGAGAUCUCGCCAAAGGGCCGGUGAGGUGGGGGAAGUGAAAUAGAACCAAGACGACACUCCUCAAUUUGACAGGUUUAAGGAUUCUGUGCAGAAUUAUGGUUACUGACACAAUCACUCUUGCAGUCAAGCUCACCUAACGGUUGAAAGUAGUUUAGAAGGAGGAGACGCUGAUUCCUCUGACACCUAAAGGGCUUGACAGUCGUUUAGUGCAGCAGCACUCUUUGGGGUGGGAGACUGGACCACAGCACCACGCCUGGUCCCUGCAGGAUGCCUGUUUGCAUUUGGGUGGCUGUGAGAGUAUGCUGUAGCUACACCCCUGCGCAGGGCUCCUGCUCUUUAUGCAUCUACGCAGCCAGGUUAGAAACGGCCUGGAGAUACCACCUUUGUCUGGGUGCUGCUUCUCCUGGUGGCAGAAGCCACCGUCAUUCUUAUUUAUCCUGGAGCUGGGAACCUAAGAAAUCCUGCCGCUGAAGUGGAGCAAGAAGAGGCUCCCAAGGACCUGGGCUAAGGUUUCAAUUAAUAAAAGGGGAGAGCGAGGGACCAAUCAGCUCCCCUCCUUCUCUGGUUGGCCAAUGGAUGAGAGCCUCUGGAGGAGGGGUCAUCCUGCAUUCCUCCAGCAUCUGCUCCCCACUGCCUUCUGGGGCUGUCCCAAUCACUGCCAUCAAGUUUCCACCUGUUGAGCUAGGUGAGUUGCAGUCUUCUCAUGGCAGUGAAAGAUUUGCAAAGAACGAUGUAAAAGCUGAAAAGUAGAAUCUUUGACCACCUAACUGGAUGGCAAUGUAUCUAUCUCGAAUACAUGCACAAUAGCAAAUCUAUGCCUAUCCUGUAAUGCUUGUUAAGAUUUAUUGGGGAUAAGUAGUGCACACUCACCAGCUCAUCACAUUUUGGAAGGAGAAUAUGUGCAAUUCUGAAGAUCAGUAAAAUAAUGUGGUGGCUAAAACUACAGUUCUAGAGACACAUUACUGUGGAAAAAUUAACUGAGAAAGAACACAGUGUACAGCACAGAUGGGGAUGAACAUACUGUUUGAACUGAGGCACUAUACAUUUGGCCUUCUGAUCUCCCAACAGGAAUGAAAUAAUUCUCCCUUUUGGCUUUCCCCUAUGAAUCUUGAUUCAGUCUAUUAUGCUUUAGCUACAUGGCUGCAUCACUCCAGCAUCUUUUUCUGGGAAAAUCUCCUUCAAAUAACUUGUUUUUUCUCCUUAUCUACAAGAGAUGAGAGGAAAUUAACACUGAGGAAAGAGAUGGAUGCAGAUGUUGGAGGAUGUCCUGUUGAGUUAAUUUAGACAAAUCCAUGCUCUGAUGCUGUCUGUGGAGCAGAACCCAAAAGAGAAUGCUGAAUAGUUGCUAGCUAAUGGCAAUGGGGUCUUGAAGCUGCUCACAAAAGUCCCCCCCCCCCUGCAAAAAAGGCCUUUUAUAUGGCUCUAAGAAGUGAACUGUAAGGUCAGGUCUUUAGUGCAGUGGUUCCCAAACUUGUUCCGCCGCUUGUGCAGGGAAAGCCCCUG